GGAAUCAUAAAAUUAUAAAUAAAGAAAACAUUUAAUAUGUUUCUGUUCAAUGGAAAAGGUUAAGAAAGUAUGUCUGCUUUUCUGAUUAGAAAAAGGCCAACAUGACCCACUUGGUGUAAAAAACAGGGAAAAAAAAAGAAGGAAAAUUCUCACUUAUGAGUAUAAGAAACAUGGGUGUUUCAUUCAUCAAAAUGUUCACCCUCUUUAAUAAGAAAAAAAAAAAAAAAGACUAUAGUCUUGAUUUUGAAAGAAACAUUAUACCAGCAUUCUAAGUUCAGGCCCUUGAAAUUGAUAUCUCCAUUGUUCAUUGAAUUUUCUUUUGCUUUGAGACUACCUAAAAAAAAAACUUAAAUAAAUAAAUAAACAAAAAAAUAGAAAACAAUGAAAAGCCAAAGGCAAAGGCAAAGGCAAAGCAGAGCUACCUUUUGAGCUCUUAAGUUUCACUUCCACACAAAAAAAAAAAAAAAAAAAAAAAAAAAAGGGAAAAAGUCCUAGGAUCUGGUGAGGAAGGGAAGGGGUGGUAGUAAAUGGAAUGGUUUAAGGCGUGGGGGAAUCUGUUUGGGUUGCUGCACGCGAACUUAUCGCCCCAAAUCAUGAGAUAGAGAGAGUGUGCAUGCGCAAAAGCGAGUGAGUUUGAUUUUUAUUGAGUAGAAACCAAGCAUGACAAACCCUAAACAAAUAUGGCUGCUUUUGCUGGCCUUCCAAUUUCAAAACCAGAAGUCCUCUACACAGGUACAUACGUAUACGUACAUAUGAAUGCAGGUACAUAUACGCGUGCAUAUAAGAAUAUAUCAUAUCUUAAUUUGUUAGAAACUUUGUCUCCAAUAAUAUCAGUUCAUUUAUUCUCUUUAGGUUUGUUGGAUAUAUGGUACAUUUCUAUAUAUUUUUAGUUACUUUUGCAAUUGUAGUAGUGUGUUACAAUAUUCCUAUUCAUAUUCAGUAUAAAUUAAUUAUGAGUUAAAUAAGUUCGUAUCUUUUUUUUUUUCGUCUGAAAAAUAAAAGGAAAAGAAAAAUAUAUACCAGUCCUUAAUUACCUAGCUAGUUCUAUUAAUUCAUCAAGAAAUUCUUUGAUUCUAUGAACAGGCUAUCUCUCUCUUAAACUCGUAUAUUUAACUAUUGAUAUCCUUGUUGUACAAAGAUGACCGCAAUGUCCUCUUAUUUUAGUAGCCCACAUUUGUUCAAUAAUGUAUUUCUAAUUUAUAUUUGGACUCUGCUUUUUGAAAUUGGCUACAUUCUUUUCCCUAAAAAUAAUAUUAAUAAUUUUACCGGUAACAUGUUAAAUGUUACUUUAUGUAAUUUUCUUUUUGUUUUUCACUUCAUAAUUUUGAAACAAACAAAUUAUCAUUUUCAUUGUAACAUGUUAAAUGUUACUUUAUGUAAUUUUCUUUUUGUUUUUCACUUCAUAAUUUUGAAACAAACAAAUUAUCAUUUUCAUUGUUUAUAUGCAUACUUAGUUAUGGGGCCGUCCCUAGCUACAAGUGUUUUUGACCAAUGUUUUUGACAAAUUAUCACGAGAUAGUCAAAUGGUGAAUAAAAGGUGAAAAGCUAAAAUCAAACAUGGAUGGAAAAUUUUUAACUUUCCGUUGUUUUAUCAACCAUUAUAAAAGACUACACCAUUUCAAUUUGUCAAAAACAUUGAAAAAAAAACUUUGAUACAUGGAAUCCUAUCCCUUAUUAUGAUUUUUAGUUUUGCAAUGGUUUCUUAUAUAUAUACUUGGGACAUAUUAAUUGUGUAAAUCAUUUUUUUAUUUUUUCAGUAUACUAAUGAAAUUGAAGAAAUUCUAACUCUAGUAGUGAAUGAAUAAGGAUCUUCAAUGCCAUUUUUCCUAUUUCCAUUCUCUGUUGAGGAUCGGAACGAAUUUGCCGGAGACCUGCCUAUGCUGUGCGGUGUUGUCGCCUAGGCUCAAUGACUCCUCGAGGAGGCAUUUUGUUUAUAACAGGCUGCCUCAAGAACCGCUUAGGCUCUCCAUUUUCAAAUUGGAUGGCUCUUGUUUUGAGGUGAACGUUUCAAGGACGGCUACGGUAGCAGAACUUAAAGAGGCGGUGAAAGAUGUAUUCAGACAGUUACCUAAUGAGACAGAAAGCAAUAUUUCAUGGUCGCAUGUAUGGAGUCAUUUUUGCUUAAGCUUCAAAGGUCAGAAGCUAAUCGAUGACAAAACAUACAUUCGAUUUCUUGGUAUCAGGGAUGAUGAUCAGCUCUACUUUGUCCAGCGUCUUUCGAAAGCUAAACAUUGAUAUGAACAUCUUAUGCCGUAAACUAUAAUGGUUACAAAAGGCCCGAAAGCAGGUUAUUGAUUUGGCUGGAAUGGAGUUCGUUGUAAUUUCUUCAUAGUUGUUUGGAACCAGAGAUUGUGUAAAUCAAAGUAAGGCAAUACUUAAAAAGUAAAUUAAGAUCAUUUUUGGGUCCAAUUUUCACGGAUAGUGCAAAGAGAUAAGUGAUGGGACAAUGCUGCUGAAGACUUGCUCCAGUUAGCUGGCACAUAUGUUAUUGUGUACCUAACUUUACAGCAUUUUCACGAUACUUUCUAGCAAUACUCAAAUUUAUGCAUGAUUUAACAGCGCCUUGUAAUACAUUUUAUAUACAAAGUACAAAUGAAAAACUUUUGUUUGGUCCUGCUUCUCAGGUUCAGAUGGCCUGGUUAUCAGUUAGAGAGUAUAUAGUUUGGUUGUAAUUUUCUUUGAUGACCAUGGAAUAUUGAAUUAGUUACAUAGUUGUUUUGAAUUUGGUUGAAAACCAAUUUGGUAGGAUUUUAUUUAAGGAAUGCCGGCUAUUUGUAAUUG